AAACAAAAUUUCUAAACCCGGUUAAAAAAUGGACGGGAUGAAACCCAUGGGCUUGUGAGCUUGAAAUUUGAUGAAUGGUUAGGGCUUUUUGAGAAAGAAACGAUGAUGGGUUGGAUCCUGGAUCUAUCAUUUGGACUUGGAAAGGAAACCAAUUCUGCUUUCACACUCUUGCUUCUUUCUCUCCCGAAGCCGAAAGAAAGGAACCACCAGGAUCCCAGAGCUCUGAACAAAUUCAAGGCAGCUCACUUUGGUGCCCUAAUUACACCCUGGAAAAAUAGCUGCCUCUACAGACUGGAAGUUGCUCAUUACAUCUAUAGAAAUGUUAUCAAUUUUGCUGAUAGUCCUCCAAUUUUUCUAAUCUUUUGUUGGGUGAGAUUAGAUUGCGUAUCUAGUGUAGAUAUAAUGAGCUUUGAAACUAAUGCGGCCAUUUUCCACGCCGAUUGUACAAACAAGCAUUAAAGAAAACAAAUUUAUGCAUUCCAAUACAGCCCUUUAGCGGAAUGUCCACUUAGGAACUGCACUACUUAGAAAUCAAACCAUUGCGACAGAAAUAGUUUCUGGCAUUUGGAAGUCUCAGACAUGGGUGAAUUUUUAAUUCAACUUACUAGGGACAGAUUGGAGCUUUAGUCCUUCUUUUCUUGCUUUUUUUAAAGUAUUGUAUUAUGUUAAUGCUAAAUAUAGUAGCGGCGUAUUCUUGAGACCUUCAACAUUUGUACUGAUUCUGCUUUAAUCCAUUUCCGAAUUCUGUUGUGGGCUUUCAUUUUUCUGGUUAUGGAGUUUAUAUUUAUUUGAAUGUAGUAGCUGAGGGUGUGAAGGGACCACAUUUGGCUUCUGAUUUAAAUAGACCAUGACCAUCCCCUUAUUGGACCUGUGGUCCCUCACACUUAAUCUAGUUGUUUGCAGCCUCCAUCAGAAUUAUCUGCAUUACAUUAAUUAUUGCCUAAGCAUUCAAAGUGAGAGAAUGAAAGGACAUUCUAGGCUAAGUAUCAUCAGUUGGAAGUCAUCCUCAUAUAGUUUGUCAAUUUAGUCAAUAACAUCAGGUUUAUUACUUGGUGAGGCUUUUGCAUAUGAUGCAGAGGUCUUGUUCUUCUUGGGAGGAAUCCUCUCUUAUCUUUUUCCUCACCAUGUGCUUUUACCAUGUCUCGAAUCUAGAACUGCUAACUUCUAAAGGUGGGGAGAUAACUAUUGUUUUACUAAUGCAUUAAUUUCGACAGUCAAAAGUUGAUCCAGAUUUAUUUUGAAUUUGAUAAGUAAGGGUUAACUUUUUCUAGAAAAGUUACUUGUUUUAUUGCCCUCUUCAAACUUGCUUUUGAUAGAGUAGGAUUCAGUAUUUGAGCUAGCUGAUGGCUUCUUGCCAAAUAUCCAAGACUGUAGGCAGCAUAUUGACAAUUAUGCAAAGGAAUUACCUAGAAAUUUGUUAUAGUUAACAGCUUAUUGUCACACAAGA